AUGAAGGUCAACGCAGGCGCCAUUUUUGGCACCCUUGCCUUUGUAUUUAUUUCCAUCGUCCCACAUGUUCAGGCUGGUGAAGAAGACGACGCAGUGACAUGGGAGAAAAUCAUGAAGAAGAGACAUGGCUUCUGGUACUGGGGACCGUUUCCGGUACCAGGGGUUGACUACCGCGUUGAGAUGGAGCCGUUGCCCCCCAGGUACCCGCCGGGGCACCCUAAGGCGCUUCGCGGACGUGCUGCUGCCCCUGCUCCCGCUCCUGCUAGCUGCGACAAGGUUAAAGCUCCCGUUGCACCCGCACCGGCUAAACCCGCCGCCGUCGUAGAAGAUGUUGCUGCCAAAACGGACAAGGUUGACGAAGUUGUUGAGCCCACGCCCAAGGAUGAGGAGGCCGAAGUUGAAGAGACUGAUGCUAAUGAGGAUGCCGUUGAGUCUUCUGAGGAUCAGAACUCUGCCGUGGAGGACGAUGCCACCGCCGAUGAGGAUGAUGAUGCUUCUGUGGAAGACGAUGAUGCCGAUUCCGAUGAGGACGCCGAUGCCGCUGAACCCACAUCUGAGGACCAGGAUGCUGAAGUAGAAGAGGCUGAGCCUACAUCUGAGGAUCAGGAGGCCGCCGUGGAGGACGAUGCCAACACCGAUGACGUCGAGGAGCCCAUUGAGUCAACAUUUGUGAGCAAGGACUCCGCCUCAUAUGGCGAUGAUGCCAACACCGAUGACGUCGAGGAGCCCAUUGUGCCAACAUAUGUGAGCAGGGACUCCGCCUCAUAUGGCGAUGAUGCCAACUCCGAUGAGGACGCCGAUGCUGCUGAACCCACAUCUGAGGACCAGGAUGCUGAAGUAGAAGAGACUGUUGCUCCCCCCGAGGAGGUUAAAGCUCCAGUUGAGCCCGCACCGGCGAAGAAGGGCGGCUUCUUCUCAAGAUUGUUCGGCAGAUCUAAGUGA